AUGACUCUAAAGACAGGGCUGACUGCCCCUGCAUGCGUCAGCUCUGCAUUAUGGGAUAUUUAUUACGCAGCUACGCCUUCAGUGAAUUUUGCUGCUAACUCACCUGUAGAGGAGAUUAUACCUUUCAAGAUCUCAAGUUCUACUUACAAAUACAGGAAUGAAGAAUUUAAAAGACAGUUCUCACACCUACCAGAUUUGGAAAAGCUUGUAGUAGAUUAUGCCUGUGCCCUCCAGAAGGAUAUCCUCCUUCAAGGACGCCUGUAUCUCUCUGAAAACUGGCUGUGUUUCUACAGCAAUAUAUUCCGAUGGGAGACCACAAUUUCUAUCGCCUUGAAAGAUAUAACCUUCAUGACAAAAGAGAAGACAGCUCGGCUCAUCCCAAAUGCCAUCCAGAUUGCCACUGAAGGAGAGAAGUUUUUCUUCACUUCAUUCAGUGCUAGAGACAGAAGCUACCUCAAUAUCUUUCGAUUAUGGCAAAAUGCGUUAUUGCUGAAGAGGCUGACAAAGCAGGAAUUCUGGCAGCUUGUGCAGCAAAGCUAUGGCUCUGAGCUGGGCUUGAACACCGAAGAGAUGGAAAAUUUUCAUUCGUCAUCUGAGGAGAAUGGACAGUCUAGAUCCAGCCUUUGUGAUGAAUCUGCAGAGAAGGAUGAAAAGCCAUAUAAAGCCAUUGGUCUAAUUCAGGAGCCCAUCAAUCAGAUACUUGAAACCGAGUCUCUUAUUGGAAGUGUGCUAACAGAAGAUGCUGAGCCAGAGGAAUCUCACUGUGAUAAACCAGAGAGACGGAGUUCUUUCCUGUCUUCAGAAAGGAAGCGAGCAGAUCUAGCACAACACAAACUUUCUGCGCAGUUACCAGAUCUAAAUGAGAAUUUCCCUCACGAGAAGAGCAGUGCUUCAGAAAGUGAUGGUGAAGCUGAGGAUACCAUCCUAGAGAAUGACCUGCAUGGAAAGCUCUUUAUUGAUCGGGUUUUCCGUAUUGGUGCAGACAAAAUGUUUGAGAUGCUUUUCACCAAUUCCCAUUUCAUGCAGAGAUACCUUAACACAAGAAAUAUAACAGAUACAGUAUCAACCCCUUGGAACACAGAUGCUGGAGGGAAUCAGCUGAGGACCAUGACAUACACUCUUGUGCUUAACAAUCCACUUGUUGGGAAAUUCACAACUGCAACUGAAAAGCAGGUCCUGCAUAAACAGAGCCACAAAGGUCGAUUGUAUCGGAUAGACACAGAGGUGUUCACACAUGAUGUGCCCUACCAUGAUUACUUCUACACUGUGUAUAGUUAUUGCAUCACCCACAUAUCCAGUCAGAAGUGCAGAAUCCGGAUUUCCUCAGAUGUGAAAUAUAAAAAGCAACCAUGGGGACUUGUCAAGAGCAUAAUAGAGAAGAAUACAUGGGGUGGGAUAGAAGAAAAUUUUAAGCAGCUUGAAUCAGAACUGCUAAUGGAAGAAUAUGCAAUGAACAAACAAGUAGAGGAUCCAGUGAAACAUGGUGUCCUGAGGAGGAGGAGAUGGACUUUGCAGCGAAACAUGGGGGACAACCUUCCCAAAUGCUCCUCACAGUAUUCUGCUGGGGAUGCAAGUUUGCCUUCCCGGACCAAGGCAGGACCAAAAAAAGAUGCUAAAAAUAAGACCAUCACCAUCAUAGUGAUAAUGAGCAUCUUCUUGCUCUUACUGAUUUUGCUGAAUGUGACAUUAUUCCUCAAACUGUCAAAGAUUGAAAAUGCAGCUCAGUCAUUUUACCGUGUUCAUCUUCAGGAAGAAGGAUCUGUAAAGUUAGCCCUUAAUAUGGCAUCCAGAGAGAAAAUCCCUCAGUCUGAUACAGAUAAAGUCCAGCAUGUGAAAGGGGUGCUGAGAGACUCUAUCGCUUUACUUGAACAGCUGAAGAAUUCUCUUUCUAAGCUUCAAAACAGCUUUGAUCACCUGAACAAGACCAAAAAUGGGAAGCCUGAAAGUUGAUGUCACCAAAAUAGGAGACUGAAGAUACUGUUUUGGUGAUGAAACUGCUAAACCUUUUUCCUCUCAAUUUUUGCACAGGACUCAAUUUGCACCUCUAAUAAACAGAUAUCUGUAAAAUUCAUUUGUUUUUUUAAAAUUUCCUGUUACUCUGUGAAUCCUCCUGAUCCAUUUGAUGUCUUUUUGUGAACGAUUUCCUCAAGUGUGAAUAAUUGGUGUGAAUGAGUAAUAAACUGUGUGGUCUGUUAAUUAUGUGAAAUUGCAGAGGAAAUCCUUGGAAAAGCAGUGUGAUAUGGAAAGAAAUAUAGAUUUUGAAAGAUCAUCAACAUCAUGAAAGAGGCGAUACAUAUUAUUUUACAAAGAUUGUCGCACCUGACGAUUGUCUACAUAUUCUUCCAUGUAUGUUCAACAACUCUGAAAAACAAGCCAUUUUUAUAUGCUUUGUGUAUGUCCUAGAUACCUGUUUGUAUCCAGAUUUCCUUUGCAGAUUUCCCUCUCUUCAGGGUCACUGCAAUUUUACCUCUUCCUAUCCACUAUCAUUUCAGCUCUCAGGAUUUCUCAGGGAGUAUCCAUAUGCAGAAGAAAGCUAUAUUCAAAAGUCCUGAGUCCCUGAAUUGUUUUUGAAGACAGCAGUAAUUGUAUUCAUCUGAUUUUCAUCUGAUUGCACAGAGUUCUUCAUAAAUAACCUGAGAUGGGAAUGAUCUUGUUAUGCUAGUACUAAGAAGAGUUAUGUUACAACCAACCGAGCCACUGGAGAAAUGCAGUAGCCUUUCUAAAGCUGAUUCUAGGAGAGUAGAACUGCAAUCCAGGGGAGAGUUACAGCCUUCUACUUAGGAUUGUACUGCAGAUUGACUGAAAAUGUGGGUGCAGGUAAAAUCACGGACACUCUAUGUAAGCUGUAAACUAGAACUGUGACUUCUAUUUUUAGGGUUUUGAUUUUCUCUCGUCUUUCUUCAAGUGCCUUUCUUAUUGUAUAGGAAAAUAGCUUUAACAGCUUGACCAAAACUACCUUGACUCUUCUUCUAAAAACCAAGAAGGUGCUUGUUAGUGUACAGUGCAGACAGAACUGUAUUGGAGUAAUUAGUGUCAAGCCAGACAUUUCAUAGACUAUAAAGCAUAGGAAUUGAAGUCCUGAAUAGAUAAUCAGGUGAGAGAUAAAUGAAGGCACUUUCUGUGAUGUUGUCCUUUGUGCUUUUUUGUAUUUGAAAUGUAUACCAUGUCAGUCAUUUUAUAUAAAAUGUAUGGAGAUAAUAAAUGUUUUACAUAUGGGAAACUUUGUACCAAGUCAGAAAUGUUUCUGUGUUCCACUAUCAUGAAAGGAUCCAAUAAAGCUGAUAAAUGGCAGUA